AAGUGCAAAACAGCUUAACCUAUAAACCUAACCUCAUCUGCAUCUGCAUCUGCAUCUCAACACUCAACCAACAGUCAACGAGCCAACCAAACCAAAACACAUUAAUAUAGUAAAAAGAUGGCAGCAGUAGUUCAGUACAUCCUAGUACGUGGUGACCUGAUUAAAUCGUCAAAUUGGCCAGUAGGAGCUGUGAUUGCCCAAGCGUGUCAUGCAGCCACAGCUGUUAUUCACAAGUUCUACGAUGACCCAGCAACCCAACUUUACCUACAGAACUUGGAUAACAUGCACAAAAUAAUUUUAGAGGUUCCAGACGAGGAAACUCUUAAAAAGAUAUCAGAAGAACUCAAAGAAGACUCAGUAAGUCAUAAGCUAUGGAUCGAACAGCCAGAAAAUGUAGCAACUUGCUUGGCAGUAAAACCUUCUCCUAAGGAAGAUGUGCAAAAAUAUUUCAAAAAAUACAAAUUGAUGAAGUGAU